AGAAUUGAAACUACCUCUUAUACAGGCCUCUCCCCCUUUUUCUCUGUGUCUUCUUCCCUCUCUUGUGGUAGGAUUCACACAAUUGCCAUGGAGGAUCAAUGCAGCACUCCUAGCUGGGUUUACUGCCAGCAAGAAGAGGACAUUGAGGAGCUAAAGCAUACCCUCCUCUGCACAACUUUGGAGCUAGAGACAACAGUUUUAUCAGCUCAGGAGGAGAUUAGAAGAAGAGAGUAUGAAGUGAGUCGUAUCAAUGAUCUCCUGAGCAGGACCAUCAAGGAGAGAGAUGAUGCCCAAGCCAGAUGCCAAAAGCUAAUGUUGGAGAAGCUGAUCAUGCUCCAGAACCAGCAAGAGGCUGCUGCUGCUGCUGCACCUCCACUUUCUGCAGGGACUUGUAGCAGUGAUGAUGAGCAAAGAGGGGGUGACUCCUACAAUGGUUUUUCGCCUUCCAAUUCUGAUGAAUACAUCAGUUUGUCUCCUCGCAAGGAACCGAUUUCUCAACCCCAAGCAAACCUCAAGUUGCUGGCUGAGAAGCCACUGCCUGAGAAGGGGAAGCUCUUGCAGGCAGUGUUGGAAGCAGGGCCUCUCCUCCAGACACUACUCCUGGCCGGGCCUCUCCCUCAGUGGCAACACCCCCCACCCCAACUUGAUUCCAUUGAGAUUCCACCAGUGGCCAUCCCUUCUCCUCCAACCCCUCCCCUCCUACACCCAGACUCAUGUGUCAAUGUGAAUGCUAGCUUCUGCAAGAAGAGAGGUCAGGCGCCAUAUGAAGACUCCGAGUCUUCCCCCAACAAAAAGUAUCGAAGGGUUGUUCACCAUUGACCCUACUCCCAGUUUCCUCACCCCAUCGUUCUCAAGCGUGUCCAUCCUUUUCAUACUGUUAGACAUGAAAAAGGGAAAUUGAAAUGGAUGAUUGUCAUGCAUUAAUUUGUACUAUAAUUUUCCUCAGAAAUGUAAGAUCCUAACUUCUCUAGCAGAGAGGUUGACCCUAUUCUAAGAACUUUAGCUUUAGCUUUAACUUCUUUUUUGAACUGUAACCACUCUAAUUUUCUUGAAAUGGAAUUUUAGUUCUCCAAAUUAGUAUGAAA